GCUUGGAAGAGAAAUGCUGCCAUCUCUUGAACACCAGCUCAGUAACUGUGCCAGAAACACUGUUGUUUGUUUCAACUCUUGAUGGAAGUUUGCAUGCUGUCAGCAAGAGGACGGGUGCAAUCAAAUGGACUUUAAAAGAAGAUCCUGUGCUCCAGGUGCCAACACAUGUGGAAGAACCAGCGUUUCUUCCCGACCCAAAUGAUGGCAGUUUGUAUACACUUGGUGGCAAAAAUAAUGAAGGCUUGACUAAACUGCCUUUUACUAUCCCGGAGCUGGUGCAGGCAUCUCCCUGUCGCAGUUCAGAUGGGAUUCUGUACAUGGGUAAAAAGCAGGAUAUUUGGUACGUGGUCGACCUUAUGACUGGGGAGAAACAGCAAACUUUGACUUCUUCAUUUGCAGAAAGCCUUUGCCCAUCAACAUCCCUCCUGUACCUUGGGAGAACAGAGUACACGAUCACAAUGUAUGACACUAAAAAGAAGGAGCUUCGAUGGAAUGCCACCUAUUUUGAUUAUGCAGCUACCCUGCCUGAUGAAGACAUAAAAUACAAAAUGUCUCACUUCGUGUCUAACGGAGAUGGGCUGGUGGUCACCGUGGACAGUGAGUCUGGGGAUGUACUCUGGAUUCAGAAUUAUGCUUCUCCUGUGGUAGCUUUUUACAUCUGGCAACGUGAAGGGUUGCGGAAAGUAAUGCACACAAACGUGGGCAUAGAAACUCUGCGCUACUUGACGUUCAUGUCUGGGGAGGUUGGACACAUUACCAAAUGGAAAUACCCUUUCCCAAAGGAAACAGAGACCAAGAGCAAAUUAACACCAACUCUAUAUGUAGGAAAGUAUUCCACGAGUUUGUAUGCAUCACCAUCGAUGGUGCAUGAAGGAGUAACUGUCGUGCCCCGUGGCAGUGCCUUGCCCUUGCUAGAGGGUCCGAAAACAGAAGGGGUCACGAUUGGAGACAGCGGCGAGUGUGUUAUCACCCCCAGUACGGAUAUAAAGUUUUCGGGCAGGCUGAAAGAAAAGAACAAACUCCACUAUUGGAAUGACUGGCUCUUAAUCGGGCAUCACGAAACACCAUUAUCUGCCCCUACAAAGAUCUUGGAGAAAUUCCCAAGCAACCUACCUAAAAGGCCUGAAAAUGUGAUCCCAGCUGACUCUCAUAAAGCCACUAUGGAAGAGGUUAUUGACAUAGUUGAGGGUUCCUCAACGGAAGUGCCACCAGCCGUUCCACAGGAUAUUGAGGAGAAACCUGCUCGGCCAAUUCCUCGUCCAGAGGCUCCCGUAGACUCGAUGUUGAAAGACAUGGCCACGAUCAUUCUCAGCACCUUCCUGCUUGUGGGCUGGGUGGCUUUUAUCAUCACAUACCCAAUGAGUGUUCAUCACCAGCAACAGAGACAGCAUCAGCUGGAGGAGAAGAUACAGCUCUUGCAGCAGCAGCAGCAGCAGCAGCUGCCCUUCGGUGCUCCCAGCGACGUGGCGGCAGAAGCAGAUUUCCUGGAUGCCUCCUAUGGACGGACAGAGAGCUCGGCUACCAGCACGCCAAAUCUGUCCCCCAGGGCGUCCAACCAUUCUGCCUAUUCCAACAUCUCCACGUCGGAUGUCGGGAGCUGUCUCUCCACUGAGCAAGAAGAGGGAGAUGAAGCUACAAACAGAGUGAUGGUUGGCAAGAUUUCUUUUAAUCCCAAAGAUGUAUUGGGGCAUGGAGCUGAAGGAACAAUUGUUUACAGGGGGACAUUUGAUAACCGGGAUGUUGCAGUGAAAAGAAUUCUCCCCGAGUGCUUCAGCUUUGCAGACCGUGAGGUGCAGCUGCUGCGCGAGUCCGACGAGCAUCCGAACGUGAUCCGCUAUUUCUGCACGGAGAAGGACCGGCAGUUCCAGUACAUCGCCAUUGAGCUGUGCGCGGCCACCCUGCAGGAGUAUGUUGAACAGAAGGCCUUCAGUCACCAUGACUUACAACCCAUCACUCUCCUGCAGCAGACGACAUCGGGGCUCGCUUACCUGCACUCCCUCAGUAUCGUCCACAGGGACCUGAAGCCCCACAACAUCCUCAUCUCGAUGCCCAACGCGCAUGGGAAGGUCAAAGCGAUGAUCUCGGACUUCGGGCUGUGCAAGAAGCUGGCCGUGGGCAGGGACAGCUUCAGCCGCCGCUCGGGGGAGGCCGGCACCGAGGGCUGGAUCGCCCCCGAGAUGCUGAGCGAAGACUGCAAGGAGAACCCCACAUGUACUGUGGACAUCUUUUCAGCUGGGUGUGUCUUUUAUUACGUGGUGUCCGAAGGCAGCCACCCCUUUGGCAAAUCCCUGCAGCGGCAAGCCAACAUCCUGCUUGGUGCAUACAGCCUGGACUCGCUGAGUGCAGAGACACACGAAGACAUAGUUGCUCGUGAUUUAAUAGAGCAAAUGAUAAACAUGGACCCUCAGAAACGUCCGUCUGCCAGCUGUGUGCUAAAGCACCCAUUCUUUUGGAGUUUAGAAAAACAGCUCCAGUUUUUUCAGGAUGUCAGUGACCGGAUAGAGAAGGAAGCCUUAGAUGGUCCAAUUGUCCGGCAAUUAGAAAAAAAAGGAAGAGAAGUGGUGAAAAUGGAUUGGAGAGAACACAUCACUGUGCCUCUUCAGACAGAUCUUCGAAAAUUCAGAUCAUACAAAGGGGGCUCAGUACGGGAUCUCCUGAGGGCAAUGAGAAAUAAGAAGCACCAUUACCGAGAACUGCCUCCUGAGGUGCAGGAGACGCUGGGCUCCAUCCCAGAUGACUUUGUAUGUUACUUCACCGUUCGUUUCCCUCACCUGCUCCUGCACACCUACAAAGCCAUGCAGAUUUGCUGCCACGAAAGACUGUUCCAGCAAUACUAUAGCCAGGACUCUGCAGGGAAGAGUCUGCCAGGAGACACUGUUUGAAAACAAGGGGGAUGGAGCUUCCCUCUCGGGGACAGACAUUCCAAGCACAGGGCUGUAAAACAGCCCUACCUUUAGCAGGGAAAAGUGGGAUCACCGAAGAGCUGAAUUCUCUCUUUGAGGAAACCAAGCUUC